UUUUUGCCUUUGCUCGGUCAUAUAUGAGUCGCAUUGGCUGCUCGGUCAUCGUUGGAUGACAUGCUAUGAGGUUGGCGAUGGUGAUGUGCGACCCUCCGCUCUUCUCUGCUAUCCGUCUUUCUCGACUCUUUUGAUUCCGCCAUCCCCAACCCUCCAUUCUUUCCCUUCCCCAUCAUCGUUUGAUCAUCAUCCUUACUAUCCUUCUUUAACUCCAACCCCCUUUCGUCAUCCCCUCCCGUCUCAGGAAAGGCAAAAAAAAAAAAUUUACUGCACACGAGCAAUCUCGACCACCCUGUUCCUCGCCUUUUCUAUCCGCCCUGCCAUGUCGCUCAUCUGACUGAUUAAUAUUCCGGUCGUGCCGUCAUGAAGCUCGCCAACUGUCUCCACGCCGUCGUGCGGCGUCUCAUUCCUUUGGCCCAGCGAUUGCGCGCCUCGCCGGGUCAUUUCUUCGAUGCCUGCUGGGAAUUUUCGCGUCGCUACUUCUUCACCGUCGCCCUCUUCGCGCUGCUGAGUGCGAAGGUGCUCCAUCUCUACGCUCAUAUCUACUCUCUACCACCCCCCAAGUUCCUGCUGUGGGGAAUUACAUUUUUCUUCCAGGAUGUCUGCGUCCUCAUCCUCAUCCGCAUCUUCACCCAGCGCAUCCCGUGGCGACCGGUGGCGAUGGCGUCAGCCUUGCUAGUCAUCCCCUUCAGUCUCAUGAUGUCAGGAAUGGCCUCCGCCAAUGCUUCCUUCUAUGUCGUCACCGGUGCCGAGAUUCACUGGCGUCAAGCCAAGACCUUCCACCGUGAUGCCGCCGCCAUACGCACGCUGCUGACGGGGUUGACCGGCUUCCUCAUCGUGGAGGGCCUUCUCUUGACUGUCGCGUGGUUCACGGCAAACCAGGUGCAUAGAGGGGCUGGUGGCGUGCUGAAGGUUCUGGCAUGGCCGUUCCGUCGGCUUGGAGGAUUGAUCCGGAACCUAAUUUACCGCAUCCGGGGCCGGCAACCCCCGGUCUCUCUGCCUGACCCCCAGGUAUAUGAGCAGAUUGCCGUCGACGACUACCGGGAUGACAAGAGCGACGACGAGGAGGACUCGCUACCUAUGAUGGAAUCAACCAACAUGGGACCCACGCAGAAGAAAGACUCGCUUCUGAAACGGGCAGGUGUCCUCGUGCCCUUCACCAUCCUGAUGUUCUUGCGCGCCAUUCGCCCCUGGGACCCCGCCUUCUGGUUCCUCUCCGGCGCUCUGCCCUUCACCCCCUUCACCGAUGGUAGUCAUCGUCCCUCGCCGGUCGAUACGUACGGCAUGCCCGGCGAUUACCGCUGGUUGGAGGGUCACUCCUCGCUGUCGGAAACUCCCGUCUGGGACUGGAUGCCCGAGAAGGCUUAUCCCGGAUUCGAGGACUGGGAUCGGACGGAACGCCCGGAAUUCCACUACAACCCCAAAGAGGAUCCGUUGCACAUCUCCAACCUUGACAACCCGGUGCUGGAGCCAAUCCGGAAGGCUCUCAACGGCGAGAAGGGCGCUAAGGUUAAGCACGUCUUUCUGCUCAAGCUUGAGAGCACUCGUGGCGACCUUUUCCCCAUCCGCAAGGAUAGCUUCAUGUGGGACCGUAUCGCCGAGUCGUACAAGGACAAAAAGCUGCCCCAGGAGGUCAAGAGCCGUAUCGCCAACCUCACCCGGACUGCCGAAUUCCUGACCGGAUUCUCCACCGGAUUUCAUCACAACGACACGUUGCACCACGGCAAAAAGACCUACGGGGGUGUCGCUGCCAGCAACGCUUUCACCACCGGCACGUACACGCUGAAGAGUGUGACCGGUACCGUCUGCGGUAUCACGCCAUUGGUCGCCGAUUUCAACCGCGAGUACGAGUACCACAUCUACCAGCCUUGCCUGCCCCAUAUCUUCAAUGCGUUGAGCCACCAGGACGAUAUUACCAACAAGACCGAUGACUUCCGCACCUGGCCUUGGCAUUCGAAGUGGAUGCAGACGGUCACCGACAGUUAUGACAACCAGGAUAAAUUGACUCCGGUGCUGGGGUACCACGACAUCCUGACCAAGGAGCGCAUCGAAGAUAAGAACGCUAAACACUAUCCGCCAGAGGGUAAAGAAGUCAAUUACUACGGAUAUGCCGACACCAACCUUCGCGAGUACAUCCGCGAUGCAAUCGACGAAGCGGAGGGAAACAACACUCGCCUGUUCCUCACUCAUCUCACCGGAACUACCCACCAUCCGUGGGGUUUGCCCGACGAUGACCUGUUCCAGGAGAUUAUCUCGUCCUCGUGGACCGGAUCCAACGGCGAUCUGAAUCGGUAUCUGAACACGAUUCACUUUGUCGAUGGCUGGCUCCAGGAGGUCUUGGACAUUCUGCAGGAGAAGGGAAUCGCCGACGAAACGCUGCUUGUCAUGAUGGGUGAUCACGGUCUCUCCCUCCCCAACGACGGCGGUGCCACCCCCUACGACAACCCGCAUCUCGGCAGUUUUCACAUUCCCAUCGUGUUCUCGCACCCGAAACUACCUCAAGUCGAAAUUAAAACCCCCGUUAUCUCCCAACAAAUCGUCCCGACCAUCCUUGACCUGUUGAUUGAGUCCUCUUCGCUGGGACCCAACGGCACUCACGCGGCUAAAGACAUCCGGUCGUUGUACGAGGGACAGUCGAUGAUUCGGGAGCUGAUUCCCGAGGAUAAAGAGGACAAGAAGAAACAGGACUGGCAGUUCACCGUCAUGAACACCGGUGGUUCUUGGCUGGCAUUGCGAUCGGCGGCGCGACCGAAGUAUCGUCUGGUGAUCCCAUUGAUCGACGACCUGGAGUGGCGCUUUACCGAUUUGGAGAAGGACCCUAACGAGAAGAAACCGUACAAAGACUUCAACCUGGUGGAUCUGGCCGAAAAGCUGGACAAGGAGUAUGGUGAGGACGUGGUGGAAUGGCUCCGCGAUGCUGCCCAUGUGGCGCAAUGGUGGGUCGUGGACAAUUGGCACCGCUACCGUUACCACCCCAAGCCUCCCAAGCAUAAGGGUUGAGAGAUGAACCCCCAACUAAAGGGAAGACCGGACAGGAUCCCUGUCUCUCCCUCCUAAUUUCCUUCUGCUUCUGAAAAAUGGAGCAGUGCUCGCCGUCCGAACCCUGUGGCCCUGCGUUUUUUGGAAUCACAAACCGGAUUCAACGCGCCCCAUGCAUGUCGUUGGCACCGCAUGGGUAAAGGGCAUACCUCCGGACACGCGCAGGACUCGCCCGAGUCCCUGUACACUAUUAUCCCGUCUACCCGUUUCUUGUCCAUAGAUUACGAAUUUUUUGUUAAUACUCCGAAUGGAAUAUGCCUGAUGAUAUAUCC